AUGGCGUCUUCCAUGGGCAACGUGUCCGAGAGCACAGAACUAACGAAACGUAUGCUUUCCUUCCAAGGGUUAGCUGAGCUGGCACAUCGAGAAUAUCAGGCAGGAGAUUUUGAGACAGCUGAGAGACACUGCAUGCAGCUCUGGAGACAAGAGCCAGGCAAUACUGGUGUACUUUUAUUGCUUUCAUCUCUACACUUCCAGUGUCGAAGGCUGGACAGAUCUGCCCACUUUAGUACUCUGGCAAUUAAACAGAACCCUCUUCUGGCAGAAGCCUAUUCAAAUUUGGGGAAAGUGUACAAGGAAAGAGGGCAGUUGCAGGAAGCAAUUGAGCAUUACCGGCAUGCAUUGCGUAUCAAACCAGAUUUCAUCGAUGGUUCUAUUAACCUGGCAGCCACUUUGGUAGCAGCAGGCGACAUGGAAGGGGCAGUACAAGCUUACGUCUCUGCUCUUCAGUACAAUCCUUCUUUGUACUGUGUUCGCAGUGCCCUGGGGAACCUGCUCAAAGCCCUGGGUGGCUUAGAAGAAGCCAAGGCAUGUUAUUUGAAAGCAAUUGAGAUGCAACCGAACUUUGCAGUAGCUUGGAGUAAUCUUGGCUGUGUUUUCAAUGCACAAGGGGAGAUUUGGCUUGCAAUUCAUCACUUUGAAAAGGCUGUCACCCUUGACCCCAAUUUUCUGGAUGCUUAUAUGAAUUCAGGAAAUGUCUUCAAUGAGGCACGGAUUUUUGACAGAGCUGUGGCAGCUUACCUUCGUGCCCUAAGCUUGAGUCCAAAUCAUGCAGUGGUACAUGGCAACCUGGCUUGUGUAUACUACGAGCAAGGCCUGGUGGAUCUGGCAAUAGACACCCACAGGCGAGCUAUUGAAUUGCAACCACAUUUCCCUGAUGCUUACUGCAACCUAGCCAAUGCUCUCAAAGAGAAGGGCAGUGUUGCUGAAGCAGAAGAUUGUUAUCAUACAGCUCUCCGGCUGUGUCCCACCCAUGCAGACUCUCUGAAUAACCUAGCCAAUAUCAAAGGAGAACAGGGAAACAGUGAAGAGGCAGUUCGCUUGUAUCGUAAAGCAUUAGAGCUCUGCUCAGACUUUGCUGAUGCCCAUUCAAAUUUAGCAAGUGUAUUGAAGCAGCAGGGAAAACGGCACGAAGCUCUGAUGCAUUAUAAGGAGGCUAUUCUAAUCAGUCCUACCUUUGCUGAUGCGUACUGUAAUAUGGGAAACACUCUAUGGGAGAUGCAGGAUGUUCAGGGAGCCUUGCAGUGUUAUACUCGUGCCGUUCAGAUCAACCCUGCAUUUGCGGAUGCCCACAGCAAUCUGACUUCCAUUCACCAGGAUUCAGGGAAUAUUCCAGAAGCAAUUGCUUCUGAUCGCACUGUUCUGAAGCUUCAACCUGAUUUUCCUGACGCUUAUUGUAAUUUGGCUCAUUGCCUGCAGGUUGUCUGUGAUUGGACAGACUAUGAUGAGCGAAUGAAGAAGUUGGUCAGCAUUGUGGCUGACCAGUUGGAGAAGAAUAGGUUGCCUUCUGUGCAGCCUCAUCAUAGUAUGCUCUAUCCUCUUCCUCAUGGCUUCAGAAAGGCUAUUGCUGAGAGGCAUGGGAACCUCUGCUUGGCUAAUAUAAGUGCCCUUCAUAAACCACCAUAUGAACAUCCAAAAGACUUGAAGCUCAGUGACAGUCGACUGCAUGUAGGAUACGUGAGUUCUGACUUUGGGAACCAUCCUACUUCUCACCUUAUGCAGUCUAUUCCAGACAUGCACAAUUCUGAUAAAUUUGAGAUAUUCUGUUAUGCCCUGAGCCCACAUGAUGGCACAAACUGCCGAGCGAAGGUGAUGGCAGAAGCCAAUCAUUUCACUGAUCUUUCUCAGAUUCCAUGCAAUGGGAAAGCAGCUGAUCGCAUCCAUCAAGAUGGUAUACACAUCCUUGUAAAUAUGAAUGGUUAG